GCGGCAGGAGGAGGGCGAGGACGGCGGUGCUCUUGAGCCUGAUGUGUGGGGGGUGAGACCUGUUGGUACCUUCAGCGAUCGAGAGAUCAGGACCCAGAUUGGGGAUAGGGCGGCCACUCUGCCCCUUUUCGACCAUGUGCCUCUUCCCCCAUCCCGGAAAGUAGGAGAGGGUUUUGCGGCAGUCGUUCAGGAUGGAGAGAACGAUUGGACGGAUGCAGAGGACGUUGCGGGGGGGCACAGAUAGGACGGCGGAGCAGGUUUACUUCACGUACGGGGGCGGAUCGGACGACCAUGCACCGCGGACGUCUGUCAUUAUGGACGAUGUUGAAGGCGGGGCACAGGGCAGCACCACUCGACGACCCCAAGCAGUUCGAGGUCGUGGCGCCGUUGAUCGCGACGGUCCCCCUCGCGCGAGGAGAAUUUUAGGGGUGGACUCAAACGAUGAGGACGAGGGCGAGGCAGAUAGCACUGAGCACCUUCGGGACCAUCGGUUUGAUCCAAGCCACCACUCUAGGGAGCAGUCAGAGCAGCUUCGGCGGUCGCACAGAGUGGGUGACAAAGUUGAGUACAGGACGAAUGUCAGGGAGAGGGAGGAGACUGUUGAGGAGAGGGACGCUCGCCUGGAUUGCGAGGAGGAGGCACUGUUACAAUCCAUGCCUCGAUGGGCUAGCAGAGAGGCGUAUGAGGCCGAGCAGCGGAGGCAGAGGGAGUUAGAGACGACAGGAGUGGGUUCACAGGCGAGCGUCGGACCAUUGCCGACUCAAGACACUAUGCGGCCCCCCUCCCAUGCUGAGGGUGUCGGGGCUGACAGAUGUGGAUUGGACGCCCGCGGCGGGGGCCUGACAGAUGUGCGAUGCGAGGCUGAGAGCUCCGACGACGGUGACGAGUGUGAGGCCGCAGAGCCUAUCAUACACGACGUUGUAGUUGGCAUAUGCGUGGCUGACACUGAUGGAGGAAUUCAUGGAGGGGAGGAGGAGAUGGUAGAAGAGGUCAGUGUGCCUUUGCCUCCUGACGCGGCACAGGUUGAGGAGGAGUUGGUGGACGAGGGGAGUGAUGCCUCGGUGGGAUGACGGUGAACCGGGGGAGUGCACACCGACACCGUUGCGUCCGGAGCAGCUGGAGAG